CAUUUGCCAUCUCGCCGCCGCCGUUCGGCGGCUCGAGAGAGAAGGGAGAGGACACGACCCAAGGUACAAAGGAGAGAGAGAAAUAGGCACAACGGCAUGGCAUGCCAAAACUUGAGAGUCCUUGAUUCUUGUGGGCCCUGGGGCAUCAUUCGAGUGCGAGACUCUGCAUUACCGAGUCUAAUGCACCACGAAUCUUUGCGCUGAACCGCGAGGGCUGUACAUAACAGGAAUGAAGAACGAGCGGAAAUUCAGUGCUGAGAGAAAAAAGAAGGGAGGAACUUGGGAAGCUGGUUGCCGUGCCGCGGGUGGUUGCAGCGAAGCGACGAGAGUCUUUGGACCGAACGUCGAGAAGAUGAACAUUGACAGGAUCGGCCAGACUUUGAUCCCGCGCCUGAUAUUCCAUGAAAUGAUGCACUCGGUGUGCUACGGCCUCAAUGACCACGAUACGGACGGCAUGGGAAUGGCGGGCUGGCAGUACUGCAUGAAGCUGAAGAAGGGCGCGGGCGCGACUGGCGCCGAGUCGCUGGCGUACUUUAGACUGUGGGCGGCGGCUUCACCAUGCACCGCAGCUGGGACAACACAAGGGCCCUCCCACUGGGAACAAUAUGUAUUGUAUGCACAAUGUCAAGCAAGGAAUUGAAACGGGAAUGGACGGAAUAAGAUGCACGACUCGGGGGCGGUAAUAACCUAUGCACCCAGAGAGUUGGGUUGUUGGUCGUCGACCUGGCCGUGAACUUGAAGUGUCGUU